GAUCUCAGUGAUGUUCAUUUCUGUGCCAGUUCUGAGCAUCGUUGGUUCGUUUUAGGAGGGCUGUCUCGCAUAAUUGAAUUCACAGCAGUUUACGCGUAACGAUAAUGUGCAAGUAUAAUAGUAGAUUGUUCUUGUUUUGCUUGGCGAGUGCAUUAAGCCUGGUUUAUGGCUUUCCGGUGCUUACCUACGAUGAUGAUUAUAACAGUGCGGAAGAUGAUUACGACGUGAUUUUCGAUCAACGACAGAAUGGAACCGAAAACGUGCGCUUGUCGGUUGAUGGAAUUAUGAUCGCAUUACCUGCUCCUCCAAGUCAGUCAGAUAUCUCGACGCUGGCUAGCAGUGCUUUAUUGCAUAUCCUUAGCUCCCAAGUUGGUUCCUUGGAUAGCGAUAGUUCUGAGGAGGAGCAUAGUAAACCGAGCACAACUACGACUACUACAACUACUACCACGACGACGGAGACACCGACACUGCAGGAUCAACUGAUUCCGGUGAAUUUAUUGGGUCAAGGUUUGUCGUUCUUAUUCAACAAAGGAGCAGAAAUUCCCAUCAAAAUAGGGUCCCAACUGAAACCAGUUUUUGGCACCCCAUCCAAUCUGUUUCUGCUGAAGAAAGAAGCAGUUGAUGAUGAAAGCAAUGUUGACCCCCACUGGACGGAAGAUUCAGAAUCGCAACCUGCUAACCCGAAAAAGACAUCCAAGCACAAGCGACGAUAUAAACUGAAAGUGGCCAGUCUGCUGAAGCCAAUGCUGCAACGGACGUAUUUAGCUUAGGGCGAUCGCUGGGGGAACUUGUGAUAGAGUAAUUAUUGAAUUAAAUUAUUUUUUAUAUUA